CGUUGGUUGAACUGAUGCAUCAAAGUGAAAAGUGAGAAAGAAGAAGAGGCAAUUCACAGAGAAUACCAUCUUUCCACCUUACGACCUUGCCUUUUCUUCGAAGUCUCGUCACAUAGAAAAACAGAGAGUCUGCAAGUGCGUUUCUGGAUUCCUAACUCAUAUUGUUGACAGCCCAGGUUUAUGCGUGUUUAAUACUUGAAUUCAACAAAGAUGAGCGGGUGCGAUGAAACAGAAGAAGAUCAAUUCUUUGAUAGCCACGAUGAGAUCACUUCUAUGUCCGAUUUGGGUUCUGAAUGCUCUGAGUUCUGCUCGAGUUUAGGAUACAAGGUUUGGACCGAGAAACCAGAAAGUGUUGAUGAGCGACGCAAUAAGUUUUUGAGAAGGACAGGUUUGAGUUUAGAUUGGCGCACUACGGAAGGAAAUAAAGAGGAGUGCUUUUGUAGUGAUGAAGUUAUAUCCAGCUGUGAGAGAUUAACAGAUAAUGAUGAAACGGUGCUGGAAAAUUUGGAAUCCAAACAACAGCUUUCCUCUAGUUGUUCAUCGUAUACUUUUCACUCAGAUGAAUCAAUGGAAUUCAUAGAAGGUGGUGCAAUGGAGAAUUUAGUGUGGAAAAUAAGAAAUUUGGAUGAUGGAACUGAAUUCGUUGUGGAUGGGAUGGAUCGGGAUGGUAUGCUCACUAGACUACGGAAAGUGGGUUCAGGUAAAAUAGUUUCACUCGAAGAGUUCGUAAGAACACUUGGCUCGUCGUCUUGGGUUCAACGGUUACUGCGUAAAGAAUCAAAGGGAAUGAACGUGGUUGAUACGAAGAAGAAAGUAAACAGUGGUUGGCUUGGGAAAUUGAGUCGCUUGACACGUAAUGCAGAUUGGACAAAGGGAGUUCAUUUCAGGCCCAAUGGGAUCGGUUCAAAGACAGAGACUAGAACCCAAAGUGUUCAGGUUCAUGCAUGCAAAAAACGUUCAAAAGAAUUGUCCUCGCUUUGUACAGGGCAAGAAUUUUCUGCACACGAGGGCUCAAUCUUGACAAUGAAGUUCAGUCCUGAUGGGCAAUACCUGGCUAGUGCUGGAGAAGAUGGAGUUGUACGUGUGUGGAAGGUGCUUGAGGAUGAGAGUCCAAAGAAAUUUAAUUUUCAAAAUACGGAUCCGUCUUGUUUAUACUUUUCAUUCAAUCGUUUUUCUGAGUUUGCUCCACUUGAUGUUGAUAAAGAGAAGGCUGCCCCGAUAAAAAGUAUGAGAAAAUCAUCAGACUCGGCUUGUGUUAUUCUUCCCCCUAAGGUUUUUCAGUUAUUGGAGAAGCCUUUACAUGAGUUCCAUGGGCAUAGCGGUGAGGUAUUGGCACUAUCAUGGUCUAAGAAUGGGCAUUUGCUGUCAUCUUCAGUUGAUAAAACAGCUCGCUUAUGGAAAUUGGGGCAUGAUCAAUGCCAAGGAAUUUAUUCACAUAAUAAUUAUGUGACCUGUAUUGAGUUCAAUCCCAUGGAUGAUAAUUAUUUCAUAAGUGGCUCAAUAGAUGGGAAAAUACGCAUCUGGGAAGUCCAAGGUUGUCGAGUCAGCGAUUGGACUGAUAUUAGAGAAAUAGUGACUGCUGUGUGUUAUCGUCCUGAUGGCAAGAGAGGUGCUGUUGGCACAAUGGAUGGCAAUUGUCGUUUUUAUGACAUCGUUGAUAAUUGUUUGCAAUUGGAUUCUCAAAUAUGCGUGAACGGGAAGAAGAAGUUGACUGGGAAGAGGAUAACUGGACUUCAGUUUUGCCCGAAUGAUGUUAACAAAGUAAUGGUCACGUCCGCUGAUUCACAAGUUCAAAUACUUCGUGGGACUGAUAUAGUCUGCAAAUUCAAAGGCAAUCGAAGUUCGGGAAGCCAAGCAACUGCAUCUUUCACGUCAGACGGGCAACACAUUGUCUCAGCCACCGAGGACUCAAAUGUCUGUGUCUGGAGCUAUACUGCCGAGGACCAGAAAUCAACUCAACCGAAGAAUGUACGAUCGCGUGAGAGUUUUUUCUCACGCAAUGCGUCCAUUGCUAUACCUUGGGGUGGCUUGAAAACCAAGCUCGGGGCACUACCAGGAAGUAUUUUAGGAAGCGUAAAUUUCGAUGAGAAUUUGCUCCAUAAACUGCCUGCGUCUUUCCCCGACUUUUUCACAAUGAGUCGUGGGUUUUUCUUGGAUUCUAAGGGAUCUGCAACAUGGCCGGAGGAGAAACUCCCCAAUUCAAGUCCGGUCCCUGUUUCCCCUUCCCUAUGUAGAUCCGAAUUCAAGUUUCUAAAGAGUGCUUGGCAGAACGCGUUGCAUUCUCCUCAUUUGUGGGGUCUCGUGAUCGUUACUGCAGGCUGGGACGGAUGUAUCAGAACAUUUCUCAAUUAUGGGUUACCCAUUCGAUUUUGAAACACGGGUUUGUCUUUGCUUGAUCCGAGUUGGACCACUGAAUGUUUGAGGAAACAGGGUUUGCUGAUAUUGUCCCCUUUAUGACAAGAAUUUUUUCUGUAAUUGAUUUGAUGUCUUAAAAUUCUUUGAUUUUUUAACAGACAUUUGCAUAGCCUACAUGUGAAAAUUGUAUGAGGGAUCAUGUGAUUAUGGUCUCAUUUGGUUUUUUAGUAGAAUCUGAAUUUGUAUAAAUGUUCUCUUUGGAGUAA